AUGGACCGUCAAACAAAUACUUUUCAUCGCGACGACAUUAGACGCACCGUUCAAGUGCCACGCUGUGUUUUAAAUUUGAUCGGCGUAUGGCCGUCGCAAGAUGAUUCGUCCGCUUUCAGGAUCGCCCGAAUAAGGAUGCUCAGAAUUCUGUGCCAGGCUCUACUGUACUUCAUCUUCGUGCCGGGAGUGUUGAAAAUGUUUCUCAAGGAGACGAACACGCGUCGUCGCCUCAAAAUGAUCGGUCCUAUGUGCAACUGUCUGAUGGCCGUGCUGAAGCACGCGGCAUUAAUUUGCCGGGGCGACCGCAUCAAGGAAUGCAUCAGGCACAUCGAGGAAGACUGGAGGAAGGUAAACCUGGCGGAAGACCGCAGGAUUAUGAUGAACAAUUCAAAAAUCGGCCGCAGCCUCGCAAUUCUCUGUGUAGCUUUCGUCUACGGUAGCGGUUUUUCGUAUCGUACAAUUAUGCCUUUGUCACGCGGGGUUAUCAUUACGCCGCAAAACUUAACGAUCAGACCAAUGGGAUUCGACGGUUAUUACGUGUUCGUAGACCCGCAAAAAACACCUGCUUACGAAAUUAUCUUCACCAUUCAGUUUCUCUGCGGAUUCGUGCAGUACUCGGUAACCAGUGGUGCCUGCAGUCUAGCAGCUCUUCUGGUACUGCACGCCUGUGGCCAACUGAAAAUUCUUAUCGCCAAGAUGGAAGAUCUCACGCAGAUCAAACACUUUCGCGACAAAAACGCCAAUCGGAAACUGGCGGCUGUUGUAAGGCAACAUAUCAGGAUUAAGAGCUUUUUAAGCAAAGCAGAAGAAACUUUGCAAUAUACGUGUCUGGUAGAAGUAGUCGGAUGCACGCUCAUCUUGUGCCUUCUCGGAUAUUAUAUAAUAAUGGAGUGGGAAGAUAAAAAUGCGGUGUCUAUGACGACAUACACUAUACUUCUUUUAACAUUCAUCUUUAAUAUUUUCAUAUUAUGCUUCAUCGGUGAGCUUCUCACGGACCAGAGCAUGAAAAUGUAUAUUACUUCCUGUACUCUCGAUUGGUAUCGCAUCCCUCACAAAACUGCUCGCGGUCUCGUUUUAGUGAUUGCAGUAUCUAGUGUACCUGUUAAAAUUACUGCGGGAAAAUUUAUGGAUCUAUCUCUCAAUAGCUUUGGUGCCAUCGUACGGACAUCGGUGGCAUAUUUAAAUAUAUUACGUGCAACCAGUAUUUAA